CUUUCUUUCUUUCUUUUUUUGUUUGUUUGUUUGUUUGUUUGUUUAUUUAUUUUUACAUUUUUAAUUUGUGGAGCAAGAUGUCUGAUCUUGUGGUGUUGGUCGAGGGGCUAUGUGACCUGCACGGAUUUCCAUAGCUGGGGAAAACAGCAGGGGCCAAUUACCAGAUUUUUUUUUAUUUUUUAUUUUUUUUUUCUAAAGAAAGAAAAUCCAGAAGCCUUUAUUAAUGAUGACAUCGCAUGCGUAGAUGUAGUCUUGUUAAUUCCACAUUUUUUAAACAAGGCAGUUAUUUAUUUAUUUUUUUGAUUGCCCAGUUUUUACUUUGUGCGUUUUUUUUUUUCUGGAGGACCACUGGACUGGUUGGAUUAUAGAUACUUUAAAUAAGGAUUUGUGGAGAUGUUGGGUCGUCAAGAAGAAAAAAUAUGUGGAAUUUUCUCUGCUCUGGCGGCUUUGUCCUUCGUAUGCUUUGUUCAAAGCUCCACCACUGGAAGCACCGGAAUGUCUGUGGCCAAGACCACUGUGGACAAGUUGCUGAAGGGAUAUGACAUCCGUUUAAGGCCUGAUUUUGGAGGUGCUCCAGUCAUCGUAGGAAUGAGCAUCAACAUAGCAAGCAUCGACUCCAUCUCAGAAGUAAACAUGGACUACACCAUCACAAUGUAUUUCCAGCAGAGUUGGCGAGACAAACGUUUGGCUUAUGGCGAGCUGAACCUCAACCUGACUCUGGACAACCGUGUAGCAGACCAGCUCUGGCUCCCGGACACCUACUUCCUUAAUGACAAGAAGUCCUUUCUUCAUGGUGUGACAGUCAAAAACCGGAUGAUCCGACUGCACCCUGACGGCACCGUUUUAUAUGGGCUGAGAAUAACCACGACUGCUGCCUGCAUGAUGGACUUGAGGAGGUACCCUCUGGAUGAGCAGAACUGCACCCUGGAAAUUGAAAGCUAUGGAUAUACCACAGAUGACAUUGUGUUCUUCUGGCAAGGAGGCGACAGCGCAGUGACGGGCGUGGACAAGUUAGAGUUACCUCAGUUCUCCAUCGUGGACAUCCGCCUGGUGUCCAGAGAGGUCAGGUUCACCACAGGUUCAUAUCCAAGGCUUUCGCUGAGUUUCAGGAUUAAGAGGAACAUUGGAUAUUUCAUCCUGCAGACGUACAUGCCCUCCAUCUUGAUCACCAUCCUCUCCUGGGUCUCUUUCUGGAUCAAUUAUGAUGCCUCUGCAGCUCGGGUGGCCCUGGGUGUGACUACGGUGCUUACCAUGACCACGAUUAACACCCACCUUAGGGAGACUCUCCCAAAGAUUCCGUAUGUGAAAGCCAUCGACGUCUACCUCAUGGGCUGUUUUGUGUUUGUGUUCCUGGCCCUGCUUGAAUAUGCCUUUGUAAAUUACGUGUUCUUUGGCCGGGGCCCUGCGCAACAGAAGAAAAUCAAUGAGCGGCUGAACAAAGCCAACAACGAGCGCACAAGAUACGAGGAGAAGCGCCUGAGGGAACAGGACUCCAUUUCCGUGCCGUUUCAAACCAACACCUUCAGGCCAUUUACACAGCGAAGAAAUCUGUAUCUCGAGGAACAAAGAAAAGUUGGGGUGGACGCCUACGGAAACAUCCUCCUCACCACGCUGGAGAUGAACAACGAGGUGAUGCCGUCGGACGUGGGGAGCAGCGUCAGUGACUCUCGGAAUUCCGUCAUGUCCUUCGACAGCUCCGGGGUCCAAUUCAGGAAGCCCAUGGCGCCCCGAGACGGCUUCAGCCACCACUCGCUGGACCGCAGCGCCAUGCGGAGCCGCGCCAACUGCCGGCUACGACGACGCUCCUCCAAGCUCAAGUUGAAAAUCCCAAACCUGUCAGAUGUUAGCACCAUUGACAAAUGGUCCCGGGUCAUUUUCCCCAUCACCUUUGGAUUUUUCAACCUAAUCUACUGGUUGUACUAUGUGAAUUGAUGUGCAUCCCACUAGGAAUCAUGGGCCAUAUUUUGAGAGCACAUUAAAUUGGCUUUGAUACAGUUCCAAAAUAUGUAUACACAUAUACAAGUUGAACAUAUGUAUAUGCAUAUUUCUAUAUAUUAUAUUUAUAUAUACACGUGUGAAAUCUGAAGGACCUUUCUGCUGUACAAAGUAUUAAUAGGAUGACUUGAAUGUUUAAGAAAUAAUUGUGAGAGAAGAAUUUCAAGGCUUUGAGUUUCUUUUUCCUCCUGAAACAAACAAACAAACAAACAAGCAAAC